AGGCUGCUGACCCCUGUGAAUAGCUAUGGGUCUCAAGACGGGGGGGCCGGGCCAGGCGUGGGCGCCGCCUCUCUUCUGCCUGAGGAGGAAGACUUGCGCAGGCGCCUCAAGUACUUCUUCAUGAGCCCGUGUGACAAGUUCCGCGCCAAGGGCCGCAAACCCUUCAAGCUGGUGCUGCAGAUCAUCAAGAUCAUCAUCGUCACCAUCCAGCUCAUCCUCUUUGGGCUCAGCAAUCAGAUGGUGGUGACGUUCAAGGAGGAGAACACCAUUGCUUUCAAACACCUGUUUCUGAAGGACUAUGUGGAUGGGUCGGAGGACACAUAUGCUGUCUAUACGCAGAGGGACCUCUACGAUCACAUGUUCUAUGCCGUGGAGAAGUACCUGGCCAUUCCUAACGAGACAAUCGGGCGCUACGCCUACGUGCGUGGGGAGUGCAGCGGGAACCAGUCGGCCCUCAUGCUGUGCCAGCAGUACUAUCGCAAAGGGCAGAUCGACCCUGCCAAUGACACUUUCAACAUCGACCCCAAGAUCAUCACAGACUGCCUGGGCGUGGACCCCAUGGAGAGGAUGCCCUGGCCCCUGCAGCCUGUGGAGACACUCUCCCUGCAGCCCCACCCCAGCUACCAGAACUUCACGCUCAAGUUUCACAAGCUCAUUAACGUCACCAUCCAGUUUAAACUGAAGGCCAUCAACAUCCAGACGAUCAUUAACAAUGAGAUUCCGGACUGCUACACCUUCACCAUCACUAUCACAUUUGACAACAAGGCUCACAGUGGCCGGGUGAAGAUCAGCCUGGACAACAAAGCUGACAUCAAAGAGUGCAAGGACCCCAGCGUCUAUGGCCGAGGAGACAACACCUUCCGCAUGUUCUUCGACGUGGCUGUGAUCCUUGUUUGUGUGCUGUCCUUCAUCCUGUGUGCCCGCUCCAUCAUCCGGGGCUUGAUGCUGCAGCAUGAGUUGGGCCAUUUCUUUCAGAGACGCUACAAUCAGGACGUCUGCCUGUCAGACCGCAUGGAGUUUGUGAAUGGCUGGUACAUCCUGCUGGUGGUGAGUGAUGUCCUGACAGUGUCCGGGACCAUCAUGAAGAUCGGAAUUGAGUCAAAGAACUUUGCCAGCUACGACGUGUGCAGCAUCCUUCUGGGCACCUCCACGCUCCUGGUCUGGGUCGGGGUCAUCCGCUACCUCAGCUUCUUCCAGAAAUACAAUAUUCUCAUAGUGACCAUGAGGGUCGCCCUCCCCAACGUGAUCCGCUUCUGCUGCUGUGUCGCUGUCAUUUACCUGGGCUACUGCUUCUGCGGGUGGAUCGUACUGGGCCCGUACCAUGUCAAGUUCCGCUCCCUCUCCAUGGUGUCCGAAUGCCUCUUCUCCCUCAUCAACGGGGAUGAUAUGUUUGUGACCUUCGCUGAGAUGCAACAGAACAGCUACCUGGUGUGGCUCUUCAGCCAGCUCUACCUCUACACCUUCAUCAGUCUCUUCAUCUACAUGGUGCUCAGCCUCUUCAUUGCACUCAUCACCGGCUCUUAUGAGACCAUCAAGCACCAGUGUGAGGGUGAUGUGCCCAUCACACAGCUCCACAUGUAUAUUGCCGAAUGCAAAGACAGCCCAGGGUCUGGCAAGUUCCGCCGUGAGAGCAGCUCCUCCUGCUCGGUCUUCUGCUGCUGCGAGCGGGCUCCACUGCAGGACAACACACUGGUGGUGAAUUGACAACGCAGCUGCGGGAGAGCCUGAUCUGUGUACCUGUGCGGGAGAGCGCUCUCUGCUGUACUGCUGGGGAACUCAGCCUUGUACAUGGAACUGCUGGAGGGGAUUGGUCAUGGGGACAAUCCCAGCCCUGCGACCGCACCCAAUGGCAGCUGCCUCCCAGGACUGUUAGCAGGAGUGGGGCUGUGUGGCCCCCAAGCAGAGACAUGGGUGAGCUCUGUCCACCAAGAUGAACCCUGGAUCUGCUGAGUCAACCCUUAACCUAUAGCACCAGCUGGGCUCUGCUCAGUGUGUGCUGGCCACAUGGGCUGGAACCUUGGGCCACAGCUUUUAUGUAGCACCUUCUUUAUUUACCUUCUGGCUUUUACCAGGCUGUGUGAUCCGGAGGGGGGAGGAAAAGGGCUGAGGACCCCCCUUUGUCACUGGCGUGGCUCUUCACAUGAAGCCGUGCAAAAAUGGAACUUGAAUGACAUGAGCACUGCAGUGACGCCAGCACUCUUGUCCCAUGGCAGUGCCACCCCUCAGCAGAACCCUCCCCCGUCCCUUGCAGCCUGGGGCCCAGCAGAGACUGCUGAGUUUAUGUAGCGGAAGGAGUUCCCCUGAUGGAGCCCGUCCUCCCUUAGGCAGGGGAAGCCCAGCAUUGCAGGGGGCUAGGAGAGUUUGGGAAAGAUACUGCUCUCCAGACCCCCCCCCCUCCUCCCAGGUGGGAACUGGUGCCAUCCCAGGGGCUGUGUUCUGGGUACUCUGUCAUUCUGCAUCUUGCUUUUUCCAG